AUGAGCGUCGAGCAGCUCCGCCCUUUCCCGACGCACUUUCGUCUGAAGGACCUAACUGCGAUCACUUCCCCCGUGUUCGAGUUCAAGACGAACCCGCACCAGGAAGCAGCGGCGCAAGCCACUAACGUGUGGUUCGAGAGGCGUAAUGUCUACCAUGGGCUCAAGAAGCAGAAGUUCUUGUCCCAUCGGUUUGACUCCUACGCGGGGAUGAGCUUCCCGGAUGCUGACGCUGCCCACCUCGAGACGUGCAUCGCGUUCUUUUUCUGGGCGUUCUCGUUUGACGAUUUAUCCGACGAGGGUGCACUGCAGUCCAAGCCCGACGCAGUCCAGGUCGGUGUGGACAUCUCCAUGGAGGUCCUCAAGAACCCCGCCGCGCCCGCUCCGAAUUUCCCCUACGCCGCCAUGUUGCACGACAUUUGGCGACGUUUCAGAUCUACCGCCAGCCCUGGCGCCUGUAACAGGUUCUACCGGGCCGUCGAGAGCUGGAUGAACUCGCAAGUCGAGCAGGCUCGGAAUCGCUCCACAGAUGAGAUUCCUUCCGUCGAGGACUUUAUCAUCCUUCGCCGGAGAACCAUUGGCGGUCCCAUUGUGGAAGCAAUGGUCGAAUACUCAUUGGAUCUCCAAAUCCCCGAGUACGUCUGGAGCCACCCCGUGCUACAGGAAAUGUCGAAGGCAGUGAUCGACAUCAUGACCUGGCCCAACAAAGAGCAGGCCGAUGGGGAUUUCCAGAACCUCGUGUUCUGUAUCAUGAUCGAGCGCGAUGUCGAUCUCCAGAGAGCGGUCGACAUCCUAACCGACAUGCUGGCGCAGCGCGUUGCGGACUACGUGAGGUACAGAGACCAGCUUCCUAGCUUCGGACCCGAGGUAGAUGCCGAGCUCGCUCGUUACAACAAGGCCAUGGAGCAGUACACGCAAGGCACCGUCGUCUGGUACUACUACAGCCCUCGUUACUUCCGAGGACAGGACGUCUCUGGGAAGACAGAGAUUGUUGUGCCCGUCUACGAGCGCACCGCGCCCGUCGAAGAGGCCGCGCCCGCGCCGCAUGUCUCCACCACCGACUCCGAGAAGGGCGCGGCGUACGCGUCGUUCCGCUUCCCGUUCUCCGCGUUCCCCCAUCUAUCGUUAUUGCUCCUCUCGCUGUUCGCCUGCUUGCUGUACGUCAACCUUCCGUCGCUCGGCCUUCGUCUCGCUCUCCCGUGA